GUCCAACGUCGGGCCCAAUCGCCCCAAGGCCAUGUCGACCAUCGUUGGCCUGUGAGAAUCGCAGAGGCGCCCUUGGCAUUCUUCCUAAACCAUCUGCACCAAUCCUUCCCGCAGAUGCAGCCGCCCUACCUUCUCGCGCCCUCUUUCUUUGGUCUUGCGACAAGGCAGGCUUGCCGUGCCCUUCGGCCGGAACGCGGGCUUGCCCACCCCAAGACGCGCAGGUUUCUCAUCCCCUGGCAGUCCCCCUGGCGGGGACUUAACUGAUGAUCCAACCAGCACCAGACAAUGUCGUUCAUCCAACCACAAGCUGACAGCGCUGGUAGAAUCAACGGUCGAUCCCAGCCCUCGGUCGCGAUAAAACACACUACCGACCAUGCUCGCUCGGGCCAUCCCCUCACAGCAGCCACAAAUGUCUUCUGUCUACUGCUCCGCAACAGGAUCGCACAAUCUAAAUCCACGUCAUGGCUCGGAUCAAGGCCGUCGUCAUUUCCCAAACUACAAUGUAGUGCACAGCCAUCCAAGGCACAAGGCAACCACCAACGGCCACCGUACCCUUGUCCGCGUCUUAACACGUCGAAUCACCAGAAUUGUACCGCAGGUGGGAUCGGCGUUUCACUACCGAGCUCGCUGCUGCAUGCGAGCGACAGGAGGGCCAUAUGAGAUGUGCUGUCUGUGUUGGCAAAGUGGACGAAGUCCAGCCAUUGAACUGACAUCGGCGAACCGGUGGAAAAGCAUAUCCUUCACCGGCUGCAAGCUGCAGCAUUUGCAUGCAUGCACACUAUUGAAAUGCUGUGCAUACCAAUUCGGAAGUCGGAUGCCGCCGCGUCCAUUGCUGCGAUCGCGAAAUAACGGGUUGUUGUUCUAUGUUCGCUCUGUCGAUAAUUAUCGCAGAAAAUUAGAAACAACUAAGGCAUUGCAAGCUGGGCGGCAAAUCCUAUGGUGGCUGAUAAUACCUGACAAUUAUCGAGGUCAUGUAUAGCGAUGGGGCCGUUGCAAACAACUGGAAGUUUAAGAGUAUUGUGGCGGAUGCAUUGAGAAAUGUACCGAUGAAGCGGGUUCAAACCAACAACCCGUUCACGGUUUCGCCGUGGGAUGAGACGUCACCGUAGGAGGAGCAGAAACAGGAGCCAUCGACACUGCCUGCGCAGUCCGAAUUGAAGUAAGGGUGCGAAGGAGGGCCGUUGGAGCAAGUGGCCGCCAGGGUAGGAUUUCUAAAUCAUGCAGCCGGAUUAGAAGCAUGUUCCAAAGACAUCCAUUUGACGAAUAAGGCACGGAUGCACUGCAGGCUUCCCCGGCGUGGAGAUCCAACCGACAACACCUCUGCAUCGAUCAUGCCCGUUGAGUAGUUCGUCUC